AAGUGUGAAUGGAUCUCAUGCACUGACUUGACUAAUAACAGUUGUCCAUUAAAAAACAAAAUGAAUGUUCCACUGAACUUUCCUAUAUAGCUAUAGCUUACAUUACUAUAUCUAUAUAUAUACUAAGCGAGUUGGCCAGAGUUAAUAUAGCCACUUACUUAUAUCUCUACUUAAUAAUAUUGAAGUUUUGAGUAAUAUAUAUAUUAUUAAAGUUAGAAAUUGAGAUGAUGAUGAUGAAGAUUUCAUCGGUAGUGUUGGUGGUGAUGGUGGCAUUAUUGGUGGUUACAGCGCCAAUGGUGAAAGCAGUGACUACAAAUCAGUGCAAAAAUGAGAGGACUCAGUUGGUGAACGAGUGCAGGCCAGUGAUAUUUGGGCAAGACCCCUCCAACAACUGCUGCCAACGUGUGAGGGUCAUCCACGUGGAGUGCAUCUGCCCCUAUCUCACUCCAAAGUUUGCUAAUCUCAUUAAUCUUGCACGAACAGCCAAACAAAUCCGAAGUUGUGGAAGAAACAUUCCCCACAACUUCAAAUGUGGCAGUGCCACUUUUCCAUGAUGUGAUCAGAGAAAAUGCCCCAGAUCGUACCUUUUAAGCUUUGCUUUCAAAUUUAUGUCUGAUACCAAUCAUGUUAUUGGGUCUUGUACGUCUGUACUCUGUUGUAAUAAGAAUUGGACAAUUUCGCUCUCUUAAUAGUAUAUUUAUAAAUUCAAGUAAAAUAUGCAUAAUAUUUUACUUCAUUUAUCUUUUU